CAGACGUUCUGUCCUCCGUGCUCGACCAGGCCUGGACUCGGCAGUAAACAGCUGGCGACGCGAUGCGUCAGAGCAAAAUGUCGAACGGGACUGCGCCAAGCUAGUUGCCCCUCUACCUUCUCACUCUGGCACGGUGCAAGAGCUUCAUAAAAGUGGACGUUCUCGGGCAAGCGUUCGGCGCAUUCGCGGUGAAAAUUCGGCAGCGACGCGAACCACACGAGUGUCAGCAACAGUACCUGAACAGAAGAUACGAGAAAUAAAAGCACAAACGAGAAAAUCCGUGGCGAAAGUGGAGUUUCUUUGUUUCGUGCUUCGAUCUCUGCGCAUACGUUCCCGUGCGAGUGGCGCAGCAUUGUUUGUGUGGUCGGUACGUCACUCUCGGCGUAUACACGGCUCGUCACGAUAUAAAACGAGAUCCUGGCGUCCUGCUUGAUCUCGCGUCGGGUCUUUUUAUCCACGAACAAGCAUAGAAUACACCGUUGGGAGUGUUGUGCUUCGACUCGAGUCUGGUCAGCGUAACAACGAUUCGGUGAAAGGAUCGCUGGCCCUUCGUGUACGCGCAAGUGCUUUGUUUUGACGAGCAGCUGAUCCGGGACUACUCGUUUAUCGCGUCGACCAGUCCUCCAUCGCUGCAACGGUGAUUCUUUUCCGACUAUUUCAUUCGUGUUCCGCGCUCGCCCGCGUACACGCGACGUUACCGCGUACCUACGAACACCGUCUCGUAAACUGUGUUUAAAAGAAUUGUCGAGCCGUAGCAAGAGUGCUUCGUUACAUCACGAAAACUGGAAGACGACGUGAUCGACCGAUACUUUCAGAAGCAACAGUACACAACCUAUACGCGUUUGCCCCGAUGACAGGCGGAGUAAGAACGCAAACAAGAAUUAUCGUUGCGCGAUAUUUUACGAUUAAAGUGAUCGAUUCAGUGCGAGACCUGUCCAAGUGUGUCAGUUGAACUUGCCGUUUCCAAGGGACUCAACGAACGUUCUCGUUCGUUCUCGACCCCUGGCCGGAACGAAAAUCACUCUGAGCCGUCCUGUAAAUAACGAUCGUGGGUUCCAGCAGGCCGUGCCUCGGUCUAACCGUCGUUUACCAACCCGAUUUGUCCGGGCCCUUUAAGAGACUGUGCAACACAAUACCUUCCCUCCCAAACGCUCUGGGACUCCCUUUUCUCAGUUACCAAUGAUCUCGUGAUAUAUUGCGCUUUCCUUUCGCUUCUACCUGUACUCCCCUUCGUUCCAACGAAUCUCCGUGUACUCCGAGAUAGCCAGACCCAACGACACCUUCGUUGCUUUCCUUCCAGCCGAUCGACACACGUACACGCUUCUACGUAUACACACACGCGCACCGUGCCUGUAGCGCACGCAACAGCAACGUAUACAUCGGCGCAUCGCGUUUCUCGAGCUCUUUCGCUGUCGCUCGUCUUUUCCUCGGCUCUCGCGCGCGCGCCACUUUACGAUACCUGUCGAUCGCGACGAAGGAUAAUAACGAGGAAACAACGUACGUGCGGAAAACACUCGACAACGAGACGCGGAGGAAAGCUGGUCGAACGCGAGCCCGAGUUUGCGUGAAUCGACGACGACGACGAGCGGAUUGGUGAUCGAUGCGGCAUAAACCCGAGGGGGCCGUACUCGCGAGCGCUGUGAAACGAGGGGUACGGCCCCGAUCGAGCUGACUACAGGAGUCGGCCUGAGGUGACAGCUCCUCUUCGUCGGGCGUCGCGAAUACCGGGCGCCCAGCACCACCGAAUGCCAGUGGACUGUUUCGGGCGGGCUGGCCGUUUCACUCCUGUCGUCGGACCAGAAGGACCUCCAACGGCCCGAAAAUGCUCUACAUAUUCCACGUGGACACCGGCACCACCAUCACCUUCGACAUCAAGCUGGCGCUGCAGACUGUCGCCCAGCUGAAGGAAGCGAUCGAGAGAGAAUGCGGCGUGGUCGCGGAGCACCAGGUGCUCUUGAUGAGCGGAGGCGAAAGCCUGGAACCGAACGCUCGUGUGUGCUCCUACUCGGCCGGAACCGACACGAAUCCGAUCUAUUUGUUCAGCAAGGCCGCCAUUGAGAGCCAGCAUCCACCCAUGCCGAGCAUAGAUUACGGUUCCGAUGUCGAUCUGCAGAGCCAAAUAGACGCGUCGCUAGCGAUGCCGGCCACUUAUCAGACCCUCAUCGCCCGUGCCCAAUUGGCUCAGCAAUGCUGUGGAUUGGCGCGGGAGCAGACCAGGAUCUGCGAGAGGCUGGUGCACGAUCAACACCUUCAGCAACAGGGCUGGGCGGCCGUGGUGGCGAAUCUGGAGGACAUCACGCAGAUGUUCCAGACGCGGGUCGACGUUCUGCAGCAGAGCUUCGCAGUCUACCUGUCGGAGAGGCAACAGCAAAUGGAACUGCUGGAAAACUUCUACGCCGACCUGGGCACCCUGGCGAAGAUCCCGAUCCUGCCCGCGCUGAGAGCUCAGGCGGAAGGUCUGCUGAGUCCGGACGAUCAACCCGGACAGUCGGAGAAGGACUCCGAGGGCAGGGACGAGGUUCUCAGCCUGCUUCGAUGGAUCUCGGCGAAAGACAAUCAAAGUAGUUUGGAGCAGGUGGCGGAACAAUGUUCGCGGGGUUUGGAACAGUUCGACGAGAGAGUGAUGGAGGCGCUGAAGGCCGAGGUGAACGCGGCCAUUGACAGCGCGAACAAGCAGGAUAUGAAGGAGAUCAAGGGUCUGGGUGAGAGGCUGUUCGCGUUGGAGCAGCUGAUGGCUCAGACCAAGAAGCUGGUCCACGAGCAAGGAGAGCUGGCCCAGGGUUUCCUUCAGAACCAGAGCCGGGCGAACAACCUGGGCGAUGCCAGUGUUCUUCCUGAUCUCUGCACCUCGCAUAGGCGUCAGCUACUGGUGAUGCUGCAGAAUCACAACAAGCUGCGCGACAUUAGGCGUAGGUGCACCAAAGCGAAGGAGGAACUGUCGGUGAACAUCUAUCAUCGCCUGAAAUGGAUCAUGUACGUGGAGAACAAGAUGAUGGAGGUGGAUGGGAAACUGCUCAUGUAUCACGAGAGCCUGAAACGUUUGAGAAGGCACCUCGAGGUGCUGCAGCAAAUCCACCUGGCACCGCAGAUGUACAUGAACGCCGUGGCAGAGGUAGUCCGAAGGCGAACCUUCUCCCAGGCUUUCCUCGUUUGGGCUAGCAACCUGGCGUGUCAGUUGUUGACAGUUCAUAGCGAGGAACUGGCUCGCAGAAGGGAGUUUCAGAGCAAAUUUGAUGGCCACUUCCUGAAUACCCUGUUUCCCGGUCUCGAGGACACGCCACCCCCGUUUGCCACCCAAGCACCGUCGGUUUUUGACAAAGGACUGCCAAAGUUGACAGUAGAGGAUAUGGAAUCUCUGAGAUCGCAGCUACCCGAUCUGGCGCUGAACGUCUCGUCGCCAGAUUUGAACACUAUAACGCAGUUCUUCCUGUCAAAGAGUCUCACCGAGGCUAGCACAGACGGGAACAAGGAGAAGGACAGCAGCUCCAUGCGCGUCGACGAGACGACGAAAGAACAGGAACGAACGAGAGCACCGAUGUUGUUCGACAGGGGUGGUUUCGAAUCAGAAACAGACACGGAGGAGUUCGAGAAGAUCGGCCAGGGCGCCACGGACUCUAAGCCGGAGUCGUUCGAUGGCGCGAAACAAAUGCGUCAGAAACAAUUGGAGGUUGGUGCCUCGCGAAGCGUCUCCCCCGCUUCCUCGACCUCAACUAACGUAUCCCCGCUUAAUUCGAAAGUCGCGGACCUGACGAACCGGUCAUCCUCCUCGAGCGAGCCUGGAUCCUUCCAUUUUCCCAGUCUAUCCGUCAGCGAGCGUCCUGCUCAGCUGAGUCCGCUAACCGAGUGCGCCGAGAACGGCGAGUCGAGCUGUUUGCUUCAUCGCGCUACUGCGAAUGGUCUUCCUAAAUAUCACGAGCUGCCAUCGACCACGAUGGCCGAGGAACCCAACUCCCUCAGUCCAAAUCCUCCCUCUUCCCUGUCACGGUCCGUGAUGUGCGACGGCCAGCAGCAACAGCGGCAUCAGCUAUCCGGUAGUGGCGGUAGCAGUCCCUCCGUUGGAGUAGCCGCUACUGACUUCAUGGGUACUGAAUUUUACAUGGACGAGUCUCUGCCUAGCAGUCUCAGCGAGCAUCCCGCCGACGGCCACCACCAGGCUAUCGUUUCCCUUCUCCAGGAGAAUCUUGGCAACACGCGCGAGGAAGUAGAAAGGCUUCGCUCCAUCUUGAAGACGAUGGAGGCUGUGGUGUGCGAGGCAUUGCGAUCCGUUCGUCAGGAGUUGGCUGUGCUGAGGGACGGGUCGAAGGAGGAGAAUGCUGGUUUCUCCAAGAUGACAGAGCAAGUACGCGAAGCUCUGUCUCUGUACUCGCAGGAGUGCGAUCGUCGUCUCCGAGAGCGCGAGCAGGAGCUCACCGUGGACCACGAGCUCGAGAUGGCAGACGUGAAGAAGCUGAUUCAGAGUCGGGAGGAAGAGAUAUGCACGUUGAAACGGAAUCUUUUAGAAAGGGAGACGGAGCUGAACGAGCACGAGCGUUUGAUGACCACCAUGCGUCAGAAGUUGGAGAGCAAGCAAACGGAGAUGAGAGAUCUGCAGGCGCGCCUGCACCAUCAGCUCAAGGAGGCCCUGGACCAGGCUCACGCUGAGAAAGAGUCGGCUGUGAAGAAAGCGAACGACGAGAGAUACAGGGAAAUAGCAUCCAUGACGAAUUCCGUGACGCAGUGCCAGAAACGGAUUCAGAAGCUCGAGGAAUCUUUGAACACGGCUCGCAGUGAUCAGCAGAGGUUGGUGAAGAAGGCGACCGACAAGUUGCAGAUGGAAUACAAGGCCGAGCUGCAGUCGAUCAGAAGCCGGUUCAAAUCGAUGGCUGCGUCGAGCAUGGAAAGAAGCCCGAGCGACAGCAGCCUCGAGAAGAUCGAGAGACCGGAUUUCAUCGAGCUGGCCAGUCACAUGUUGGCUCAGGCAACGCAGGAUAUGAAGCUAGAGAAGUCCGUGGCUCUGCAGGGUCUGGAGGACGAGCGGGCAGAUCGCGUUGCCAAGUUGAUGUACGAGUUACAAUUGGCCUCGUUGGUAAUCAAAGAGAAGGAUAGAGAGAUGGAGGUGUACAGAAAACGGGAAACAGCUUUGACGGAUGAGUGCAAAUAUUAUAAGAACGCGAUCAGACGUUUGAUGGAGUCCGAGAAUUAUCAGAGCGUCCUCGUAGAGUACAGUCUGCACAAAGAACACAGCGACGAACAGCUGGAGAUGAGACAGAGUAGUCUAGAGGAGGUAACGAAGAGCUUGGAGACGGAAAAGGACGAGGUAGAGGUAUCCGAGUCGAAGAAGGUACGGCUAGAGGCGAGUAGCGAUACGAGCUGCCUGUCCAGGAGACUGGAGCUCCUCGAAAACGAGAACAAGAGGUUAAACGUAGAAUUACAAUCGCUUCGCGAGAGCAAGGACUUGGUGGAGGCAAAGAUCGAGCGUUUAGAGGCGGACAAAGUUCGACUGGAAAUCGAGCUGGUGAAAGAACGAUCGAGAAAUUUCGUUGGUCACACUUCGUCUACGUCCUCGUCGGAGAGUCGCGAGAAAGACAUGAACGCUUCUGUGGCGGUGCUGUCGGAACCAGUUAGUCGUCGAGACGCAGCGACCAGUCCAAUACCGCAGUAUCCUUGCGGCUGCGCCAGGUGUAUGACUCAGAUUCAAUGGAAGGUGAAGGAAACCGCUGAGAAACUGGCAAAGCUAGGCCAUAUUACCGUGACCAGUUGCAAUCCAGAAGAUAACGUGCUGGUGUUUUGGGAUCCGAUCCACGAAACGUACAUGCUGUACCAAGAAUCGAAGACGCUUUAUUUCCUCGAUUUGAGUUGCAUCGAUGGAUUGGAUCUGAAUUCAAGCGCUGACAAGAUAUCGGCCAAUAAUCAGACCAUUGUCCAGAUCGUCGAAAAGCAAUUCUGUCAUGCUAGAAAGUCCGAGAACCGAUAUCGCGUACCACGUGGCACGAAAUUUUACCGAGUGAUCGUGAAGACCGUGGACGGUAGCGCAGCCAUAUUGGCAAGCAUCGAACAGGAAUAAUGGAGCAGCAAGGAGAGAGGAAUUCAUCGAUUCUCCGCUAAAUUGAUAAGCCCUGUGACCGCGGAUCCGCGUCGCGGGGAUGAACACCUGUGGCCUUGCACGUGCAGUUCAUCCGACACGCGGAUCCUUAUCAUACACAUAUUCGCGACCAUCCGGAAACUCUCGGAUCAAGGCCAAAACCUGCCAGAGCCUGUAGACGCAUCCUUGAACGUUCACUUACCGAGAAAACACGAAGGUUUUGACGAUGAAAAGAGGGGUAUGGGUACCUUGACUGAGCACCGCGAUUAAAUAGGGAUCAGAGACGAAAGGAUGCGCUGGCGUUUCAUUGUGAUAUAAGUAAUUUUUAAACGAGUGAAACAUAAUUGCCGAAUGCUGUGGUGGUUAGCUGUGAAGCGUAACGACGUUUGUAUUCCUUUUUCGUUUAUUUUUUUUCACACGAGACCGAGCGUGAGAAUGAGAGAAAGAGGCAGAGAGUGUAUGAGAGAGAGAGAAAGGGAGAGGGCGUAAGGAAGUAUAACGAGCAACCGCGAAUAUAUAUAUAUAUUAUUAUUACGAAUAAUUGAACGUCAUCGACGAUGAUUUCUUUUCUUGUAACUCGAUAGGCUGACCGCGUGCAAGGGAGAAGUUAGAGUGCGUAAAAGCGGAAGAGAGAGUUUUUUCAUUUUUCAUUUUGGAUGUACAGACGAAAUUCCUUCGUUCUGCGAUUCAAACUAUUCAAACUACUAUUACUAUUAUUAACUACUACUACUAUUACUGCUACUACUACAAUUAUCUUUGCACCGUGUGAGAACAGUAUGACGAGGAGGUGAAGAAAAAUCGUAGUAGAGUAAGUUUUACAAACAAACGAGCAAAAACAAAGAAAAAAAAAAAGAAUAAUUAAGAUAGAGCAAAGAAAGGAGGUAUAACGAAAAUCACGAAUGCUUUGUAUAUGCAAACUACUGUAUAUUAUAUAUGUGAUAUAUAAUAUAUACAUAAACGCGUGUACACGGUUUAUCGUGUACCGAAUUGGGUACCGAAGCGUGCAAUAUUCGUGUACGAGAAAUAUAACACACACAGAUAGAUACACAUACACGCAUACAUACACGCGCGCGCGCGCACACACACACACACACACAUAGGUCCUAAGCUGAAUUCUAAGAUUUUAUAAAACGAAGUAAUCGCGUGUCGUUCAAUUCUCGUGACGCAUCUUUAACAUAUUAGAGAGUCCGUUUAAUUUAGAACAAAAAAGGAAAAAAAAAAGAAUUAUAUAUAUAUAUAGAGGAGGAGUAGGCACCGUAUUACCUCUCUCCUUUCGUCGACCACACUGUUUCUUCUAACGAUUCCGUUUAGGGUGCCUCGUGGUCGAUGCACCCCCCAAUUUAUUCUUCGAAUCGCCAGUCUGAACGAUCUCGGCGAGCAAAUUCGCUGCGCAAAGAAUUGGAGGAAAACCACGUGAUAUUGACAGAUAUAUCUUUACUUUAAAGCGUAACGACGAGAACUUAUCCAACGAGAAAGGAUUAGAUUUCUCUAGCCCUGUCGA